AAAACAUUGGUUUGGAUUUGGAUUUUGGAUAGAGUGGGAACACAGUGAUUCAUUUCUCAUUCUCUGUAUGGAGAGAAAAUGCUGCACUUCAGUAAACCUGCUUCGCUAUUAUUUGUCAGGGAUUGUGUGGUGCAGUGUGAGAAAUCUGGGUGUGCUGGCGACAAAUGUUUUCAACAUUGCAAAUUCUCGUCGGAUGGGAAGCCUGUGGAUGGUCCAUGGUAUCUGCAGGAACCUUUGUAUUUACGCUGGAAACAGUGGGACUGCCAGACCGAUUGUAGGUACCACUGCAUGCUUGCUAGGGAGGAAGAAAGAAGUAAUGUUGGUGAUAAGCCUGUCAAAUACCAUGGAAAAUGGCCAUUUAGGCGAGUCUAUGGCAUUCAGGAGCCAGUUGCAGUUGCUCUUGCUAGCCUCAAUCUUGCCGUGCAAUUUCAUGGCUGGAUUUCUUUUUUCAUUCUUAUAUAUUACAAGCUUCCAUUGAAGCCUAAUAAGAAGACCUACUAUGAGUAUACAGGGUUGUGGCAUAUCUAUGGAAUCUUAGCUAUGAAUUCUUGCUUCUGGAAUGCUGCAUUUCACUCUAGAGAUGUGGAGUUGACUGAGAAGCUGGAUUGUUCUUCAGCUGCGGCAUUUAUUGGAUUCUCCCUAAUUGUAGCAAUACUGCGAGCCCUUAAUGUGAGGGUUGAGGCUGCUAGAGUUAUGGUCUCUGCUCCAAUUAUCUCAUUCGUGACAACCCACAUCUUAUAUCUCAACUUCUACAAACUUGAUUAUGGUCUGAAUACUAAGGUCUGCCUGGUGAUGAGCAUUACUCAACUUCUCAUUUGGGCGGUUUGGGCUGUUCUUUCUCGCCAUCCCUCGCAAUGCAAGUUGUGGAUGUUAGUCUUUGGUGGGGCGGUUGCGAUGCUCUUGGAGGCCUUCGAUUUCCCUCCAUAUGCAGGAUAUGUGGAUGCUCACGCACUCUGGCAUGCAACUUCAAUUCCUCUUUCAUAUAUUUGGUGGAGUUUUGUGAGGGACGAUGCUGAAUUUAGAACUGCUGCACUUCUCAAGAAAGCGGAGUAAUCAGAUGGAGGAAUUUCUCUAAGCAAUUUCAUUUGAAUGUUAGUUCAUCAACACUAUGGUAGGUUCCCUUGUUUUUUCUGGUGUUGCUUGGUGAGUAGCGCAAUGUUACCCUGAAAUGUUCUUUGUAUAAGGGUAUUUGAAUAUCAGGACCAAUAAGUUUUCUUUUCUUCUCGCCCUGUUUUUUACUUCUUGGUCCUGAGAAAUUUGUUGGUCAUCAGAAAAAGCCCCACAGCACCAGGCCAGUUAUUCCCAUUGUAAACAUCCAAAUAUUUUGCUGAUAUCAGCAGUUUAUGUUAUUCUGCAGUUCACAUGUGGCUGCUUGCUGUUUGUUUCACA